CCUCCCGGGUCAGCCCCGGUGCGUAGGGCUCCGGCGGGGAGGCUGCUGGGCUCAGUGCGGAGCCGGGGCGCGAUGGCGAGCGCGGCCCUCAGGGUCGCCGUGCGACGGCUGAGCCAGCAGAGCUCAUCUGCGGCCCCGGUCCUCCUGCGGCAGAUGUUUGAGCCCAAGAGCUGCACCUACACCUACCUGCUGGGUGACCCGGAGUCUCGAGAGGCUCUUCUGAUCGACCCUGUCCUGGAGACCGCGCAUCGGGAUGCUCAUCUGGUUAAAGAGUUGGGGCUGAAGCUGCUCUACGCUGUGAACACCCACUGCCAUGCGGACCACAUCACCGGCUCAGGGCUUCUCCGCUCCGUACUCCCCGGCUGCCAAUCCGUCAUCUCCCGCCUCAGCGGGGCCCAGGCUGAUGUGCAUAUCGAGGAAGGUGACGCCAUCCGCUUUGGACGCUUUGCCUUGGAGACUCGGGCCAGCCCCGGCCACACCCCAGGCUGUGUCACCUUCGUCCUGAAUGACCAGAGCAUGGCCUUUACUGGAGAUGCCCUGCUGAUCCGAGGGUGUGGACGGACAGACUUCCAGCAAGGGUGUGCUAGGACUUUGUACCAUUCUGUGCACGAAAAGAUCUUCACGCUUCCUGGCAACUGUCUCAUCUAUCCGGCGCACGAUUACCACGGGCUCACGGUUUCUACCGUGGAGGAAGAGCGGACUCUGAACCCACGGCUCACCCUCAGCUGUGAGGAGUUCAUCAAGGUCAUGGACAACCUGAACUUGCCCAAGCCGCAGCAGAUAGACUUCGCCGUUCCGGCAAACAUGCGCUGCGGGGUCCAGACGCCACCUUCCUGACUCGUCCCAGCCAGCCGCUCGAAUCCGUUGCACUAGGUGGGGCGAGGGGAGGGCGGCACCCCAGAGCCUCUCUCCUCCUCUGGCACCCCUGCUCUCACCAGCCACUUGAGCUUCUUAAAUAAACUCUGUUUUUGGCACGA